CCGGCGCACAAGAUAAGGUUCAUGCGACGCCGUGGGGGGUUGAAAAGUUUUGAUGGUUGGAGCACCAUGCCUGGGCACUGCAGCGCUGGCUAGGGAGCGCAUCUGUUUGUUUGGCUUGCCGAAGCGAUUAUUAAAUCCCCGUCUGCUGGCUCUGUGUAACGGUGUAGAUGUCCGAGUCCAAGAACAACGCCGCUAUGUCCUUCGUCGCGGAUCUGGCCGCUGGUGGUGUCUCCGCCGGUGUGUCGAAGACCAUCGUCGCCCCCAUCGAGCGCGUCAAGCUGCUGCUCCAGGUCCAGGCCUCGUCGGACCAGAUUGCUGCUGACAAGCGCUACAAGGGUAUCAUGGAUGCCUUCCGCCGUAUCCCCGCCGAGCAGGGUGUCGGUUCGUUCUGGCGCGGUAACCUGUCGAACGUCAUCCGUUACUUCCCGACCCAGGCUCUGAACUUUGCCUUCAAGGACAAGUACAAGGCCAUGUUCCCCAAGUACAGCCCCAAGACCGACUUCUGGAAGUUCUUCGGUGCCAACAUGGCGUCGGGUGGUCUGGCUGGAGCCACCUCGCUGCUGUUCGUGUACCCUCUUGAUUUCGCGCGUACCCGCAUGGCUGUCGACAUCGGCACUGGCGCCAACCGUCAGUUCACCGGUCUCGGUAACUGCAUCUCGACCAUCUACAAGAAGGACGGUAUGGGCGGUCUGUACCAGGGCUUCGGCAUGUCGGUCGCCGGUAUCAUUGUCUACCGCGCUGCGUACUUUGGUGGUUACGAUACUCUCAAGCAGGUUGUGUUCGGCAACAACAAGAACCCGAACUUCUUCGCUUCGUGGCUGGUUGCCCAGACCGUCACUGUCGUUGCCGGCCUCAUCUCGUACCCUCUGGAUACCGUCCGUCGUCGUCUCAUGAUGCAGUCGGGCCGUGCCGAGAAGCUGUACUCGGGUCCUUUCGACUGCCUGCGCAAGCUGUACCAGGAGGCUGGUAUGAAGGUGUUCUUCCACGGUGGUCUGUCCAACAUCAUCCGCGGUACCGGUGGUGCUCUGGUCCUGGUCUUCUACGACCAGCUCCAGAAGUGGAUGGGCAUCAAGAACUAAGAAACUCUUUGUCCUUUGAUUGCGGAGAUAAGCUCUCAAUAAAAAAUUUUCCAAUCACACAGGUCUACACGCUUGUUUCUUCAGGACACUAUUUUUUUUUUUUUC